AUGUCGACCGAUCCUAAGAUUCAGGAGCUUCUCACCAAGUCGCGCAACGAGUUGACCGAGUACGAAAUCGCACAGCUCGAAGAGCACGAAUUCAGCGCCGGACCCCUUUCCAUCCUCCAGACCGCCGUCCGUAGCCACACCCAGGUCCUCAUCUCCAUCAGAAACAACCGAAAGCUCCUUGCGCGCGUCAAGGCCUUUGACAGACACUGCAACAUGGUUCUGGAGAACGUCAAGGAAAUGUGGACAGAGACGCCGCGCCUGGCCAACGGCAAGAAGGGUCGUCCCGUGAACAAGGACCGCUUCAUCAGCAAGAUGUUUCUCCGUGGUGAUAGCGUCAUCCUGGUCCUCUUGAGCUGA